AUGACCGGUUGCCAGCAACUCUCAGUGCGUUUUGUGGCCGCUUUUAUCAAUAUUGUUGCGAAGGGCGCCUCAUCUUCGCGGGAAAUGCUGUCAUCGUCCCGCGGCGAGCUCGUGCAAAGAUCAUCAAAUGUCCUGUCACAAUCGGGCCUGACAAAAACUUUGACCCUCGCUUGGCAAUUAUACUUCUGGCCAGAAAUGGCACACGAAAUUAAACAGCGCAUCUCUUCUUGCGAAAUUUGCCAAUCGCGCUUUCCUUCUCUGCCCGCAGAACCUCUUCUCAUGGCAGCCGCAGUCGCCAGUUUCCCCAUGCAACACGUCUCCGUGGAUUUAUUUGACUUGGAGGGAACGACCUUUCUUGUAAUGGUGGAUCGCUACUCGGGAUUUCCGUUUGUGGCCAAGUUGAGAUCCACCUCCACCAACACAAUUGUGGCUGCUUUAUUGGGUUGGUUCACUGAUGUGGGCCUACCGGAGGUGAUCAAGUCGGACAAUGGACCCCAGUUUCGUGGUCCCUUCCUUGAAUUUUGUGAGAAAUUUGGGAUCAAGCACAAAACAUCCUCUCCAUACCAUCCCAAGUCAAACGGCCUGGCUGAGGCCGGAGUAAAAGCUAUGAAGACUUUGCUUUCCAAGCUGGACGGUAAGUUCAAUUCGGACGAUUUCAAAAUCGCCCUCCUGUCAUGGCGUACUACUCCUCAAGCGGACGGUUUUAGCCCAUCCUAUGGCUUUUUCGGGCGCCACCUACGGACACUUUUGCCGGACGUUAGGGAUCGUCACAUUGAAGAACUCUUGCAAUCUUCAUUCCAUCAAUCUUGCUUGACGACGGCCGAACGACAGGCUGUUAAUGCCGGCGGCGUUGCCCUGCUCCCUCUGGCUGUCGGCGACCGUGUCACUGUUCAGGAUCCAGUCUCUAAACGAUGGAUGCCGGGCUCUACCAUCCUCGAGCGCAUGGAUCAUGGCCGGUCAUACGUCCUCCAGUCACAACACGGGGCCGUUUUGAGACGAAAUCGUCGCUUUCUUUGUCUCGACUCAACUAUUUCUACGGAUUUGGUUGAAACAGGACCGGAACCAUCAGAUUCCCCGACCGCUCUGCGGCGAAGUCGUCGUCUACAAGGGCUGCCCCAUGAAUAA